AUGAAAUCUGCGCAGACAAAUCCACAUCAGCUUCAAGAAAAAAUCGAUCAAGAGGUAAAAUUAGGCAGAAUAGCUGGGCCCUUCAAAAAUAUUCCCAUGUCAAAUAUCAAGUGCAGCCCAAUAGCUUGUGCCACAUUUGAAAAAUUUGCAACAGCCCUCCAUUGGAUCGUACAAGAUCGAGCCAAAAUUGACACAUUAGUCCACUACCUUGAUGAUUUCCUUUUUGCAGGCCCCGCAAACACCCUUGUGUGCAAAAACCUCAUGCAAACGUUUGACAUAAUUUGCGAAACACUCGGCGUUCCUUUGUCAGAGGAAAAAACCGAAGGUCCUACAACAUGUUUAACGUUUCUAGGGUUAGGGAUCAAUACCAGCAACCAAACCAUCUUUGUCCCUAAAGAUAAACUUGACGCCCUUAAAGCCCAACUUCAGAAUGUUGCCUCGCGUCGCAAAAUUACACUAAAAGAAAUGCAAUCAUUAGUCGGAUCCCUGGCAUUUAUUUCCAAGGCAAUACCUGCCGGGAGAGCCUUUUGUAGACGAUUCUAUGAUAGCCUAUCACAGGGACACAAAAAAUAUCAUUAUAUCACUAUAUCAAGGGCACUUCGUGAAGAUGUAGCUAUAUGGCUCGAGUUUUUGUCCGACUUCAAUGGCACUACUGUAUUCCCAGAUAUGCGUUGGUCAGAUAAGGACACUAUCCACAUAUCCUCUGACAGCUCCGGCUCACUCGGAUGUGGGGUCAUAUUUGGUUCACAAUGGUCCUACCUACAAUGGCCCUCAGAAUGGUCACAUCAGGAUUUGGCUAAAGUUCAGGAAGCUGGCCCCCCACACAGACUACUAUCCCUGCCAAGUUCCUCCGGAAUUCUGGAACCAUUUGAGCAGGAAGUAGAACAGCUACUCAGAGCAUCAGUCUCCCAUAACACUCAAGAAAUAUACCAGAAAGGUCUUGAGGUUAUCUCCUUCUCUUUGAUAUCCAAUGGUUCGCCUUAUCAACUUAAACCUGGAACUAACCUUCAACUUCAGUUUAGUUUUAACACUGUAUCGACUAAUACGUCAUCAAAUUACACAACGCCCAACUUUGGUGCAAAAAUUGUAUCUUCUACAACAAUUGAUACUUCUACAGCAGUUAUUAACAACAACACAAAAAUUAUAACAUUUACAUUAGCAUCAACAGUGUUCGAUGGAAUGAGUUUUGGAAGUUAUGAAUGCCGAUUUUUCCUCUAUACAUCCUCGGCAGACAAGAAACAGAGGAAUAUAGCAGUGUACUACGAAGAGCCUAUUGAAAAUUUAAAGGUCGCUUGUAAUACAUUCCAAAAGUUUGAGGUAGCAGCAGAUAUAACGAUUGGGUUGCAUUCAGGCUCUAACAUAAACAUGGUAUGGUAUGUAAAUGAUGUCCAAAAAGAUACCAAAACAGAUAAUGGAAAUGGUACACGACAAUUUCAAAAUUUUCUUACACUAUCACAAGCUGGGCGAGUGAACAUCACAGUCAACGCUUCCAACGCUGUCUCAACGGAAGUCGAUACGGUAAUAGUUUACAACUAUUAUCCUAUCAAUGGAUUUUCUAUCACCACCACACCAGGAACACCAAACAGUGACUCUACUGUGUACGUGAAUGUUGAUCAAGGAGUCCUAGUUCCACAGGGAUCACUUUCGCUGAACAUAUCCUACGGAGACGGAACGUUCGACAUACAUAAUUUAUCAGCACCUUCUAACUUAAUUCUUUAUCAUCGUUAUUCUUCCAUUGGGUCUUACUCUGUUUCCGUGAAAAUAGUAUCCCCUGUAGACUCUAAAACCUACACUGAAUCUGUUGGAGUUUAUAACCCAAUAACUUCAAUUCAGAUUGAUUGUUCGUCAUACCAGAAAAUCGGAGUGGCCGUAAAAUUCAACGCAACGAUACCGUCAGGUUCUAAUAUAAUGUUAAAGUGGUAUUUGAACACUGAUUUCAGUUUUCAAACGAUUUAUGAAAGCCAAGGGUCUUAUGUUGUACAUCGUACAAUAAAUGAAGAGGGAGUUGUUCAUGUGGCGACUGUGGCGUCCAAUCCUGUUUCGCAGGCAAACCACAGUUUGACAUUUACAAAUAUUCACGGUAUCAAUGGAGUUACACUGUCUGGGGACGAAACUGUCCUGCAUAAGGAUGCAAUUAUAAUGCUUAAACUGACAAAUGAGGCUUUGAUACCACAGGGCCCAUUAUCAAUAAAAUUAAAUUUCGGUGAUUCGACCCCAUUGCAAAUUAAAGAAAUUUCUUGGGUAAAUGAAAGUUUUAAAACGUCAGGAGUAAAUUUUACCCAUCAGUACGAUGGAGAGAACAACUAUACGGUCCAAGCACAUUUGACGUCACCUGUUGACGUACAGACGUACAGUUCAAUGGUGCAGGUAAUGGAACCAAUAACAGACAUUCAGAUAUCGUGCGACACUUACCAGACGUAUGGAAUUCCAGUCACAAUCACUGUCAAUCUGACAAAUGGCUACAACGUGAACAUAAAAUGGUUUGUAAAUGAUGAAUCCCAAGCUUUUACAACCACAUUUCAUGCUGGAAAAGGUAUAAGGACAUUUUCAGUGGAUCUAAGUCCUCCCUCUGCUGGUAAUGUAAAUCUCACCGCACUCGCCUCAAACGCUGUUUCCGAGUCAUCAAGUUCUCUUAUCUUCUAUCACUUUUAUGCCAUAAAUGGAUUUACUCUUAUAAGUCAUCCAUCAACCAUUUACAAAGAUGCAAGCAUAAUAAUAAAAAGAGCAAACACCGCGAAUCUCCCACAAGGAAACAUUUUAAUUUCUGUUCUGUAUGGAGAUGGAAACUCAACAUCUCAAGAAUUUAAUGCUGGCGAUGCUUCUUUCCUGGACCCAGGAUAUCUCUUCUCGCAUCGAUAUUCAACAGAGGGACAAUUCAAUGUGAUAGUAAAUAUUACGUCCAAGGUCGACUUCAAGUCCCUCCCCACUACAGUUGACAUAAUCGAACCAAUUCACAACAUUUCGGUGUUGUCCUCUUCUGAAAACUACAUAGUUGGACAAAGUGUCAAGUUUAAUAUAACAAUAAACUACGGUUUUAAUAUAGAGACCAAGUGGUACGUCAAUGGAAGACCUAAGUAUUCCCUAACUCAUGCAGGAAAGGGGCGGCGAGAAAUUUUUGAUAGUCGUCGAUAUAGCGAAACAGGAAAACUUGUGAUUAGGGUCAAUGCUAGUAACCCAGUUUCUUAUUUUAUUACUUCAUUAACAAUCUAUUAUUAUUAUAAACUAGAAGGUUUUAGUAUUUACUGUGCACCUGGAACAAUUUACGAAGACGCAAAAAUUAUGCUGAAAUUGGCUUCAGGAAGUCGAUUACCACAAGGCACGAUAACUUACGAAAUCCAGUACGGUGACGGCUAUUCCGCUUCCGGAACUUUUUCCUCUACAGAUCGGGUUUUGAAGAAUCCUGGGAAGCUGUUUCCUAAAAGAUAUCAUAGUGAAGCGUUUUAUAUAUUAACUGUUACGCUUUUGUCCCCGGUAGAUACCAUCAAUUUGACUUCCGUAGUCAAAAUUGUUGAACCAAUUCGUAACAUUGAAUUUUGGACUAAACUUUUUCAUGAGGUUGGUGAAGAGCUUGUUAUUCAAGCAAAUUUGUCCAAAGGCUUCAACACAACAACAACAUGGCAGAUAGGAACCAGUUUAACACACGUUAUAUUUCAUGAGGGUACAGGAGAUCGAUAUUUCAACUUCACAAAGAUAAUUUCUGAAAAGGGUGCCAUAGACAUAACAGUGAAGGCAACCAAUCUAGUGUCAGAAAAAAGCUAUAAGUAUACGACGCAUUGCUAUCACCAUAUAAAUAACAUAUAUCUGACUUCCACCGUAGCUUCUACAGAAAACGAUGCUAAAAUGUACUUUAAAACGCUUCCUCAAGCAGAGGUACCACAAGGAAAUAUUGAUGUAUUAAUUGAUUUUGGUGAUGGAACCACAAACACUACAAAUUUUGCUCUACUUUCAACAACUUUAAUAAACCUUAAUCACCUUAUCACUCACCUGUAUGAAUGCGUUGGAAAUUACACUGUGACUGCAAUGCUAACUUCUCCGUUGGGAGUCGUCAACAUAACUGCUGAAGUUGAAGUUAUAGAGCCAAUUUUUGGAAUUGGAUUUGAAUGUGAAAGAUAUUUAGAGGUCGGACAGGAGCUGAUCAUAUCUGCAACAUUAUUUGGAGGAAUGCGUACAGCCACAGAGUGGACUAUAGGGACAACAUUACCUACUCAAAUCUUCCAUGAUGGAAACGGAACGAGAUAUUUUAAAGUUCGUUACAAUGUCACAGAUAUUGGUCCUGUAACGGUAACUGUUAAUGCUUUUAAUGACGUAUCACAGGCAACCAACAGUACAACGGUGUUUUAUCUAUAUGCCCUUAAUGGAUUUAAUGUAUCUCAUGGGAUUCAUUCAACUUUGGAAGAAGCCGAAAUUAAUGUAAUUUUGGAGGAAACCGCUGACUUGCCUAUGGGAUUAAUUACAGUUAUCACAGACUUCGGUGAUGGGCACAAAAACAUAAGUGUGGUGAAUGGAAGUGAUUCCUCCUUGAUUGCAACAGGACUUCAUCUAAAGCAUCCCUACACAGAGGCUUUAAACUUCACUGUGUUUAUAACAUUAAUUUCGGAAAUAAAUUCCAUCAAUUUAACGUCAGAAAUAAAGAUUCUUGAACCGAUUUAUGGGAUAGAGUUUGUCUGCCCGAAGUAUGUAGAAGUUAGCAAAGAAAUAGAAAUCAAAGCAACCCUUUUCGGAGGUCAUGAGGUUAUAACACAUUGGUUCUUUGGAAACAGAUCAAAAGUAGAUGAAUAUCACUUUGGAAACGGGACAAGAGAAUUUAUAGUCACUCAUAAUGUUUCUGGAAGUGGUGAGAUUAACAUCACUGUUCAGGCGCUUAGUCCUGUUUCCGUCAAAUCUAAUUCAACAGUUGUGUUCUACUAUUAUGGUGUCAACGGAUUUGUAAUGAGUGAUCCACAAACAGCUUCAAAUUACAAUAAAACUGAUGUAAGCAUCUGGUUAGAUUCUGACGCUCUAAAACCAAUGGGUGAUAUAAGCAUCUCUUUAAUGUUUGGAGAUGGUAAUAUAACUACAAUUCAACUGGACUCAAACAAUGCAAGUCUGAACGAGCCUGGGUUGCUUUUCUCCCACAUGUAUCAGAUGUUUGGGGAUUAUAUAAUAACAGCACAGAUCACCUCACACAUAAACUCUGUUAACUACACAACGGGUGUUGAACUGUUGGAGCCAACAGAAGGAAUAGAGAUUGAAUGUCAAUUGUACAACAUAGUUGGAAAUAAAUUAGCAGUUUCGGUAAAAUUAAAAAACGGAACAAAACUCCAAGUUGUUUGGGAUUUUGGUGGCAAUGUAACUGCAAUUCAAAAUACAAGCGGUUCAGGCGUUAGGUCGUAUCAAUUUGACCAGUCUGUUGAAAGCACUGGAGAAAUAAAUGUUACAGUAGAAGCCAGCAAUUCCGUUUCAUCUGUUAAAAACUGGACAAUACUUUACUAUUUCUUUGAAGUUAACGGAUUUUAUUUUGAGAAAAAUACUACAGUACAGACAAAUGAAGUUGCUUCAAUUUCUUUGAAAAUAUCAAAAAGUGCCCUCCAGCCUCAAGGAAUGGUGAAUGUAUAUUUAUCUUUUGGAGAUGGAAAUUCCACCUCAUUUAAUAUUUCCUCCGAGGAUUCAAUCUUGAUGUCUGAUGGAAUGUAUUUUGAGCAUAUUUACCCCAUUCAAGGAGUAUAUCGUAUUAUGGCAAACAUGACGUCUCAUGUCGGUUCGGGGAAUGUAUCUACCAACAUUGAAAUUUGGGAUAAAAUUUAUGUGGAACUUAAUUCUACGAAAAUUGCUAAAGUUGGAGAGGACGUUCAUUUUGAUUUUAUAAAUGUGCCAAAUUCCAACUUCAGAUAUCUUAUCGAUUAUGGAGACGGUGGAGGCAAAAGAACCAAUGAUGAUGAUGAUUUAUACCGCAGGUAUGACUUUGGAAACUGGACAAAGGCUUACAACUACCCAUCUCUGUUUACUGUAACAUUAAAGGCAUGGAAUCCAUUAUAUGAAAAGACCUCUUCCUACCAAAUAUUAGUGGAACACCCCUUGAUACAAGAUAUUAUAACAUUAUCCCCUGAAAAUGACACCAUACCUCUUCCAGACGGUUCGAUGUUAUUUACUUUAAAUGUAACGAAGCAAUCAUCUGAACCAUCUAACGUAAAAUGUAACUUUGACUAUGGUGCUGAUGAGGAAAGGCAUAACGAUAUUACUGUACACAUAACGUACAAUAACCCAUUGAUAAGAGAGUACGUGUUUAAAAAGCCUGGGUUAAAGAAUGUCACUUUCUACUGUCAUAAUUCUGUUAGUUCAGUGUUCCAGUCAUCUAUAAUAAAUGUUUUGGAGUAUGAUUUACAGGAUAUUAAAAUAUUUUAUAGCAGUCCAGUCAAUAUGAACAUGACAUUAGUACAGCGAACUCCAUCUGAUGAAAACCGCCAUCCCUAUCAGCCUAUUUCUAUUCCUGUGGAUGUUAUGUUUUCCUUUUAUUUCCUUGGUUGUUCAAGGCUUCCAUUAAACGUAGACAUGAACUGGGAUUUUGGUGACAAUACUCCUACAGAAAGUGUCCAGUCCACCAAACUGUACUAUUCUCAUACCUUUGAACAUCGAGGCACUUUCAAAAUAACAUUGAAAAUAAAAGAUAAUAAUACAAACACUUCUGAUUCACGAAACUUUAAUUUACAAACCGGGACCUUAGAUUUCAGAGUUAGUCCGGAUAAAGGGGACUUACGUGAUACUGUUUUCAAUUUAACUGCAGUAGGUCUUCUUGGCGAAGAUUCACAGUAUACAUUUUAUGCUGAUACAACCGAAGUCCACCAAGAAGAGUUCUUUGUUUUUGACAAUGUUACAAAUACAACUGCAGCAUGGUCUAAUGUGAAGUAUUUAACAUAUGGAUAUUUCCUACCCAGAGUUACAGGUUCUAAUGGAAGCCUUGUGGAAACUGUUUACUGGAACGUUCCGAUAAUUGCAGAUUUAAGUAUUGAGACCGAAUUGACAUUACAUGUUCCUGAAAUCGUACCUCUUCCCCCUGGUACUGUAGAAUACAAAAUAGAUAUUCCCAGUGGAACCUAUGGCUAUCGUCCUUAUGUGUUUUGCACAAUCAUAACCGGGGACGAAGUUGACCGAACUCAGCAAAGUCAAAUGUAUAAUAUAACCUCAAUAAAUCCACUUAUUUUCAAGUACACUUAUAUCGCUAUUGGUUACCCAGAGUUGAACAUUAAUUGCGAAAACUCCAUAUCUUCCAGAAAUUGGAAGAAGCAAGUAAAAGUAAGCAAUUUGUGUUUUGAAGUGAAAGGAAUUUUUGACCGACAAUAUUCCAUGAUAGAAUGGCCGAUGCCAGUGUGGACGUCUGAAAACCUCUAUAUAUCAAAUAGAAUGGGAAUUUCAUCAGAGUCAGCAUGUAUUAUAGGAAAGCCAGUUUUUCAGUGGAAAGUACUUAGAGUCAAUGAAUCUGGUGCCAUCGAUAUAAAUCAUUAUAUUCUUUAUGAGAAAUCUAAUAAUGGAAUACUAUUUUUAGAGGCAGGGGCUCUGGAGCCUGGUUUAUACUUUUUGAACUUAACUGUUAAUCUCACAACAACAUUCAUAUUCGAAUAUAUGUAUAUUCGGUUUUUGAAACCGGAACCGUUUGCCUAUAUAAUAGGUGGUAGUAAAACAACUAUCAGACCUAGCAGUUUUGUUCUGUUAGAUGCAUUAGAAAAAUCUCACAUCGCUAACAGUGGUUAUGGAAACACAACUGGAUUAGGCUUCAGCUGGACAUGCCAAGAAAACAAUGCAGUUAAAGCUCAAGUUUUGCAAAGCGAUGAUGUGUAUAAUGGAACCACAGCUAUUGCGUCGUACCUUGAUAGUGCCUGCCCAUUACACGAUUACGCACGUGGUAUAGCCAAGUUAUCUCUAGAUGGAUAUGUUGACGCAGAAUUUGCUGUCACCGUUACGGUGUUUGAGAACUCCACUCAAGAUGAAUUCACACAGAUUAUAUCUGUCAAUAGCAUCUCCCCAGAAAUGGCAAUAAAUUGUAGUUUGAACUGUGGCCCAAAGGUUACAGUAACUACAAAAGUAUCAUUUUUGGCAUGGUGUAAAAGCUGUGAGGUCGAAAAUGCAACACUGAACUAUGAAUGGACACUUUUGAUGAAGCAAACACAAUCACUUCCCUAUGAACUGGUCGAAGGAUUUUCCGAAAACACAACUACAGGUACAAAUAUUCAGGCAUUGUCAAUUCCUCGAGGAUUCUUGGUUCCAGGUGUACUGUAUCUGCUGACUUUGAAUGCUAGUUAUUCGGACGGAGAAGGUGCAGCAGAAGUUUUCGCCGAGUUUGCAACAAACUUUCCACCAUACGGUGGAUCUUGCAACUACAGUAUAGAAACAAGUGCACUCUUGCUAAGUGUUUUCUGCAAGGAUUGGGCGGACGAAGGAUUUGCAAAAGACCAAAACUAUAGUCGAGACCUACAGGCCAGGAGACCUCUUAUAUACCAGUAUGAAACAAAGACAAAGCGUAGAAUGACACACGGGGUAGAGGAUGUCGUUAACAUAAUCUAUAGGGGAAGCGAAAGUUCAAUAAACAAGGAGUAUAUACAGGCUGGCGACCACAAUUUCAAUCAUAUAGUACACAUUGUUGUAAAAAUCUAUGAUUUGUACGGUGACUUCACAGAAGUUCAAUCAGAGGGAUUAGUGAUUCCCCCACCAAGUGGAACACAACCUAGUACAGAAAAUAGCCAUUCAAUCGUUAGAAACUUGCGCAACGAGUCCUUGACGAAGUACAAUGAGCGCAAGCUGAGUGGAAAUGAAAUGUCUGCAAUACGUCUGCUUGGGUCAACCGCGUCAACCUUUAAAAAUUUCUCGAACGUGGAUACCACAACUACUCAACACGAGAUAAUGACUGGAGCCGUGCAAACAGCUUAUAUUGACAACGACCAGUUAGAAAUUGUGAAACUCUACCAAAAUUUUAUAGCUGAAAUGUUGGGUUUAUUGCGAUUCGACCUUAACGUGCACUGCAGUUCCAAUAGAUACAGAUAUAGUUUGGCUGACUUACAGCAGAUAUUCUCCACUGUUGACGCCAUAACACGAAUUCAGCCAUACAUUACCUUUGAUAUUGUGAAAAAUAUGACUCAGCUUCUUGACAACCUCGUUAUAUGCUUUGACAAAGUUACCGAUUUCGACCCAUUUCCAGUUGGAAAUGUUGAGACGACUAAUGAGAUCGCUAAAGUUAUACAUAGGAUUAUAAACCGUUUACUUGAUGUCAUGCUCCCAAAUCAUUUACAAGAUCUCAACACACCGAUAAUCAAAGCUGAUAUUAAGGAAAUCCUUGUAAGAGAUGCUGAACGCCAGAAACAUCAAGAAGCUUUGUUGUGGGCUGUAAACGUCUCCACGCUUAUAGACUAUACAGAUUUAGACAACAAGGCAGAUAUGUUGGUGGCAGUACGACAACACAACAGGUCUAUUCAAGAAAAACAAGUCCUAUUGGCACGCAAUUAUUUUCCGAUGAUGCAGUUGAUAUUGCGACGAAUGCAGAAUGUCAUCUUAAGAACCAUGGUUCUUGGUGAGCGCCAUAUUAUGGAAAGUUCAGUUGUAUCGGUUAUCACGGAGAAGAUAACUGUUGACAGCAUUGAAAACAGAACGGACGAAUACUUUGUGGGAAUUCAACCGUCAAACGGAACAUUUGAGCAGCUCACUGACGUUAUUGUCGCUAUGAAGAUAAACUACUUCUCAAAGAACCCAUUUAUCUAUGGAAAAAAUGCCUCGGCAUUAACAUCGGGAGUGUCUACUUUUGACAUUGGUGAUGACAUUAAACUUGACGUUAAGCUUGCAAAUAAUGGCAACUUUAAAUACCAGAAGUUUAUACCGCUCAUAAACCCAGAGUACCCGGAGAAAAUGAUUUUUUUCACUUUUGAUGUCGUUAACGAUGAUGAUGCUGCAAUAAUGUUUAUGAAUCCGGACGGAUUUGACAUAAAUAACCCUGCUAAUUUCACUCUGUACACAUUUUAUGUCAGUAGUGAAACAUAUCCAACUUCAACAUCUUACGAUUUCAUUAAAACGGUUGGUAUGCGCGACUGGGAAGACAUUGGAUUUAAAAUUUUCCUCCAACAAGGUUUAUGCGCAAAGGGUACCUGCUACCUUGGAGUAAAACCAGAAACAGUUCCUGACUACAGUGGGUUUAUACCUACUAGUAUGAGGCGUAAGCGAGAAGCACCUCUUAAUCAAACAACACCCACCCCUACUACGGCAUCAACGCCGUUUAGUCCAGUACAAGCAAAUUUCAGCUUGGUUGUUUUUACCACAGGGUGUAGGUCAUGGAAUGACUCUCAAGGAGCAUGGUCUUCGGAUGGCUGUACGGUUCUGGAAAUGAGUAGUGUUAACGAUACCGUCUGUCGCUGUAGUGGAAACACAUUUUCAACUACAUUCUAUGUUCCACCUAACAUGAUUAAUUUCUUAACCGUAUUCAAAAAAUUUGACGCUACAAAUGCAUAUGCAUACGGCCUUGUAAUAGGACUCUUCGUUGUUUAUGUCGUUGCAGCCAUCUUCUUGCGCAGGGAAGAUAUAAAGGACUUAAAAAGUUGGGCUGCAUAUUUUCUGGUGGACCAUGACGCAGAAGACAAGUAUUUCUAUCUUCUUACCAUUCAAACAGGAAUGCGAAGGGGAGCAGGAACGAAAUCUAACGUCAACUUUGUGUUGGUCGGAAAUGAGGACGACUCUGAUAUCAGAGUACUUUCUGAUGGAGUGAGAGAGGGAUUUGGAGUAGCAAGUAUCAAUAGAUACUUUAUGGGUACUAAAGAAACUUUAGGAGACCUGAGAUACCUUCGAAUCUGGCACGAUAAUUCUGGAGAAGGGACAAAUAAAAGCUGGUAUCUGAAUCGAGUUAUAGUUGAUGAUCUACAAGAAAAGGACAGAUACGUGUUCCUUUGUGAGAAAUGGCUUUCUUUGGAUGAAGAUGACGGGAUGAUUGAAAGAGUGCUUCCAGUAUCCACGAAGGAAAACUUGAAUUCUUUUAAAACAUUGAUGAAUGAGAAUGCACAAUUAAAUGUAACAGAUCAUCAUUUAUGGGUUUCCCUUCUCCUGAGACCAAAUAUAAGUCGCUUCACCCGGGUGCAAAGACUUGCCACUUUAAUGACUCUUCUUCUGUUGAUAAUGAUUUCAAAUGCAAUGUUCUUCAGAUCCUCAACAGAAGAUGCCUCUUCAUUUCAAGUUGAAAUAGGCUUUCUUCGGUUUUCACUUUCCACUUUAUACGUUUCGGUUAUUGGUGUUGUUAUUACAACACCGCCCAUCUUGUUUGUAAUCAUAGCCUUCAGGAAAAGCAAACUUAAGAAACAAAGAAGAGAGGACUUACCAAAACCUAGACAUUCAGAGAAGCAUUCCACACCUGCACAACACAUCGACUCCAAGACCAACAGUAUUCUUCAAGCUCUUAACGAAGACAUCAUGUUUGCAGAUAGUAAUUUGAUUUUGCCUUUCUGGACUGUGUAUGUUGCAUGGGUUAUUCUAAUCUUAGCUGCGGCAGCUAGCUCGUUCUUCUUAAUACUUUAUAGUAUGGAGUGGGGAAAACAGAAGUCUGAGGAAUGGUUAACUUCUUUUCUGCUUUCCUUCCUUGAAUCUUUCUUGUUUAUCGACCCUUUAAAGGUUGUAUUUGUGUCUUUGUUGUUUGCUACGAUCUUCAAGAGUAUUAAGGAAGAAAAACCUCCAUUGAUCGACAUUGAGGAAUUGCGAAAAGCUGCGGUUCAUUACAAUGGCGAUUCAAGACAAAGUUUUCUGGCUCUUAUAAAUGAUAUUCUGAAGAAAAACGAACCUCCCUCGGAAGAAGAAUUGAAAAUAUUAAGGCAGAAAAGGCAGGAGGAGAAGAGGGCACGGAAAGCGACAUACAAUAUUCUAAUCUAUGCCUUGUAUAUCUUUGUACUAUAUAGCGCCAGUUACUUGCAAAGAGAUCUUCGUUCUUUUAACUACAAAUGGAAUCUGGAUAAUUAUUUAAUAGCUAACAGUGGUUCCCAGCUUGGAUUUUCAGCAGUAAAUGAAACUAAAGAUUUUAUCGCUUGGAUCAACAGAACACUCAUACCAACUUUUUAUCCGGAAAAUGAUUAUCGAGGACAACCUUUAUCAGUUGUUGAACAAAAAUGGUUUGGGGACAGAUCGAGUAUUCGGGUCGGUCCUGCUCGUCUGAGACAGCUUCGGGCAAAAAGAGAGAUUUGCAAAGUUUGGAGUAUCACUUGGCCAAGGGACUGUGUAGAAAAAUACACAGAGCUGGAUGAAGAAAAGUCAUCAUUUUGCAUUGGAUGGAACACAUAUAACAAAACAGCAUGCAGUGGCAAUGCUUAUGAGAGCAAUCACCUUACUGCAAAUGCUUGGAAGUACACCGAUGCAAAAGACAUUUGGGGGCUUUCCAUUUUAGGAGACUAUAACAUGUACAGCGGCGGGGGAUAUAUUUUAGAAUUUACUAAAAACAGAGAGCAAGCUGUCGCCAUGUUGAAUGAACUCAUCAAAUAUUACUGGAUUAAUAGGGCUACAAGAGCAAUAUUUGUGGAGUUCACAAUAUACAAUCCUAAUUUAAACUUAUUUGCCUAUGCAAUGUUUCUUUGUGAGUAUCCGGAAACAGGAGGUACAUUGAUUUGGACAGAUACACAGUCUUUCAGACCAGUACUUUCAUCUGAUGAAGUUGGAGCAUAUGCUAUUUUAUGCUACAUCGUGAUUAUAGCAUACUUAAUUGGUUAUCUUAUUCAUAUAAUUGUGAAAAGUGCCACAAAGGGUUGUUGCAAGUUUUUCAAAGUUCCCUGGAACAUCGUGGAUUUCCUCGUAAUGUCGUUAGGAUUUGCCUGCAUUGCAAUUUACAUUGUUCGUUAUGUAGACGCAAAGAAAGCUAUGCAAAUGUACUCUGACGAUAUUUUAAGUGGAACAAAUCGCUUUAUAAACUUUGGACACAUUGUGUUUUGGGACAAUUUAUUCAACGCUCUGUUUUCUCUUAUGGUUUUUAUUUCUACUUUAAAAGUUUUGCGCAUACUUGGAUACAACCGGAAAUUCACAGAAAUUAUUUCUGUUGUAACGAAUGCCGCAAAUGAGAUCGCUGGAUUUAGUGUUGUGUUUAUUAUUAUGUUUUCGUCUUUCGUAUUGUUUGGAUACUUUUUGUUUGGUGUUCACCUUCCUGGAUAUAAAAGUGUUUUUGCGACAUGUAGUACCCUUGCAAAUACUUUUAUUGGUAAAAACAAACUCGAUACCCUUAUGGCCGCCGCUCCUAAGACUGCUCAAUUUUACUACUUUACUUACAUGGUUUGUGUGAUUAUGACAUUAUUGACCAUGUUUGCUGCUAUAUUAAACAAAAGCAUUGCAGAUGUCAAAGCAGAAACUGCCCAAUAUGUUGACACCAUUGGAAUUUCAGAUAUUUGUUGGAAAUCGGCAAAAAAUUUUCUCAGUAUGUUUUUCAAGUUCAGUUCAAAGUCCAGCAUCUCACAAAGCAAAGAAGGAAAAGAUAACCUCCAGAAGUUGAAUGCCAUGCGAAACGGAAGAGUGGAAGUGUCAAACGUAUUGGCUUUAAUUAGGCAUACAUUUAAUGACUUCAGCGAUUUACAGAAAGAAAAGAAUUUUAUCAUACUGGAAAAUUCCAAGAAACCUUAUCAAAGUUCCGACCAUAUGAAAUAUAGCAAGAUGCAUGAGCUGAGUCAAUCUUGUUUUGAAAGAGAAGAUCCCCAACAGACAGAUAACCAACGAAACUUCAAUGAAAGCAAGAUGCAAAUGUAUCUGUAAUUUGUUUUCUUUUGGAGGGUGGCGGGAGUAAAGAAAGCCCCAAUAGCUUCUCCAGUAAUAGUACUUAAAUCCGGGAUUAUGAGAAUCCUGUUCAAUGAUAAAUUGUUUGAUGCUGGUUUCAGCUGUUAUAUAAGUUUGUGCAAGCACAAUUUUCCGACACAGGAUGAAUCAUUCAACGAUAUAUAUUUAAUUAUAAUACAUAUAUGUGCUUAUAAUACAUUUUAUUUGCCUUUGUCUACAUAUACUUGUCAAGAAUUAACAAUAUACAAUUGUAAAAAAUUGAACAUUCUACUCAACUGUUCAUACUAAUGCUUAUAUUUAUUGUGAAUUGUGAAAACGUGUGCUGUUUCAAUAUUCCCAAAAACUUGUAAUGUGCUUUGUUAAUCAAGAAAUGUUACACUUAAUAUAUGAUUUUUUUUCCCUGAUGGAUCAAUGUUUUAUUCUAGAAUUAAUAAUACAAGUAGGCCAUGGAUAUCAAUAUAAGCAUAAAACUUGCAAAGUGAUGACUUUAA